CUUUUCUACAGCUCAUUCUUUCGGUUAUCAUCGUGUGUCCCCAAACUUAAAGCACACAUUUGGGGGACUAAAUAAGAGUGUUACUUGUUUGUUUCUUUCAUAAGUAGCCGCAAAAGUGACUGGUGCUCUUUCCUAACUGAGAGGUAUAUUUUACAUACGUCUGCAGCGUUAUGAACUGACUUGUAUAAUUAUCAAAAAAAAAGGAAUUUCGUUGCGUUAUAUUUUAACAUGAGCCGAUCUGCUGGUGACUGAGAAGUGGAAUCGGGGAAAGAAGGCGGCAGAGGAAAGGCAGGAGUUCAGAAGACCAAAGGAUCAGAUAUAAAUAUCAACCAAGACAAUGGUUGAGAGGGUAAAUCACCUUCCCUAUUUCUACGGCAGCAUCACACGAGAUGAAGCAGAGCACUUCCUGGCGCAGGCUGGAAAGGCUGAUGGCCUCUAUCUUUUACGCCAGAGUCGCAGCUACCUUGGGGGUUUUGCCUUGUCCGUGGCGUAUGGCAAGAAGUGCCAUCAUUAUACAAUAGAAAGAGAAUUAAGUGGAAAUUAUUGCAUAUCCGGAGGAAAGUCUCACAAAAGUCCCGUGGACGUCUGUGAGUACCACACUGAAGAAACUGAUGGCCUUGUCUGCCUUCUGAAAAAACCCUGUAGUCGACCAGGUGGAAUUCAACCAAAAACAGGACCUUUUGAACAUCUGAAAGACCAUUUGAUCAGGGAAUAUGUUCAACAGACGUGGAACUUGAAGGGAGAUGCUCUCGAACAGGCAAUCAUCAGCCAGAAGCCACAGCUGGAGAAACUAAUUGCAACAACAGCCCAUGAGCGAAUGCCUUGGUUCCAUGGGAUGAAAUCCCGAGAUAAUGCUGAGCGAUGCAUGCUCAGAGGCUCACGGAAAAAUGGAACAUUUUUAAUAAGAGAUCGUGAUGACAUGGGAUCAUAUGCGCUCUGUUUGAUUUCCGAUGGUAAAAUAUAUCAUUAUCGAAUUGACAAGGAUAAAACAGGCAAGCUAUCCAUUCAAGAUGGAAAAAAGUUUGACACCCUCUGGCAGAUGGUUGACCACUAUUAUUACAAGUCAGAUGGGCUUCUUCACGUUCUCACUGAGCCGUGUCCAAAUCUGGACCACCCAGUUGAUUCAAUUGGAGUAACUCCAUUACCUCCAAUUCCUCGCAACCAUCCUCAGCAAGAGGGAGAAGGUGGAAUAUUCUCCAGAAUCAGAUCCUCAUCCUUUCCAAAACCUGCUUUUGGCAAAGUGCUUGAAGCGAGUAACUAUUUCACAGUUUUCAAAAAGAAAUCAACCGUUGACCGUUCCGUUAGUGCAGCCAAUUUUAAUCCCUACAUGCCCGGACCUCGUAAACAGGCUGGAGGAGCAGAAGCAGGCGCCCGGAAAGAUGCCAUGCCUAUGGAAACCAACGUCUAUGAAAGCCCUUAUGCAGACCCCGAAGAGCUGAAGGGAAAGACACUUUAUUUGAAAAAUGAUUCCCUCAUACUGGAAGAAAAGGAGCUUGGAUCUGGUAACUUUGGUACAGUUAAGAAAGGAAUUUACAAAAUGAGGAAGAAAGAUAUAAGUGUUGCAGUAAAAGUAUUAAAGAGCAAUGAUCCCGCAGUGAAGGAUGAGUUGAUGAAGGAGGCACAAUUCAUGCAUCAGCUGGAUAACCCUUACAUUGUCCGCAUGAUCGGCAUCUGUGAGAGAGAGUGUCUGAUGCUCGUGAUGGAACUCGCUGAACAAGGACAGAUGAACAAAUUUCUAGCAGCUCACAAAGAUAUUAGCUUACCCAAUGUAGUUGAAUUGGUACAUCAGGUGUCCAUGGGCAUGAAGUACUUGGAAGAGAACAACUAUGUGCAUCGGGAUUUAGCUGCAAGGAAUGUUCUCCUCGUAACUCAGCAUUAUGCAAAGAUCAGUGACUUUGGCCUGUCGAAAGCCAUAAAUUCUGAGGAGAAUUACUACAAGGCCAAAAGUACAGGCAAAUGGCCAAUAAAGUGGUACGCACCAGAAUCCAUUAAUUACUACAAGUUUUCCAGCAAAAGUGAUGUCUGGAGCUUUGGCGUGAUGAUGUGGGAAUCAUUUUCCUAUGGGCAGAAGCCGUUCAAAGGAAUGAAAGGUCAAGAGGUUGUACAAAUGAUCGAAGCAGGCCUACGAAUGGAUGCACCAUCCAGAUGCCCCAUUGAAAUGUUUCAAUUGAUGAAGGAAUGCUGGACGUACAAAGCAAACGAACGUCCAGGAUUUGCCACGGUGGAGCACAAGCUGCGUGAAUAUUACUAUGACAUUUCCAAGGAAUAGAACGCUUAAGAAGUACAGUAUUUGACUGAUAAGUUAGACAGAAUUUGAAAAGAUUUGUACUUGCCAUGCUGUUCAUGCUAUUCAUUGAUAAAAAUGAAACUGCCUCAAAGCAUUUUAAAGAAAAUAAAUAUUGCAAAUUUUCUUUGACAUAUAAAGAAUAGGAAACGUUAUUUCCACAUGGUAGACCAGGACCUUGAGGUGCAAAACUGUGUACUCUGGGAUUCCACCUAUUUAACCUUUAAAUGUCAGCAGUUUAUCUUGCAUCCAUGUUAUUGAAGGUAUUGACCCUACAUAGCCCCACCCUGAAUGCCCCGCUAGGUCCAUCUUUGUUCUCAGCGGACCAGCUGGCUCUCCGUGGCCUCUCCUCGGCCCGACCACCUCGCCCCCUCAUACAGUUCACCUGUGAGCCGUCCCGCUCUUCUCCUCUCUGGACCUUUAGCCUACGUGCCCUGGCUGGGGUGCG